GUGGUUGUGGUUGUUGUGUAUGAAGAGUGUACCCAGCUGCGCUGUUUUGAAAAUAUGCACUCUGCUGAUCUGGUUGUUGGUAUUGUUGAAAUUGUGAGGCUGUAUUUGCAUUAGGGGUUGGGGUAGGAUACGUUUGAGAAGGUUGUUGCCAAUAGGGUUGAGUUUGGUUGACUUCUUGUCUGGUGGGUUGUUGUUGAGGGUGCCAUUGUUGAGGAGCUGACGAUUGCCACUGCAUAAAGUUUAAAAUUUAGACUACUUUGUUCUAUGAUUACGAUAUUAUACUGCAGAGACAAAUCAUUAUUAAUUUCUUGCAAAAUAUUCACCUAUCUACUGACCUAAAUAUUUUACAAACACCCUCAAUAAUCAAGCAAAAUUCUAAAAACCAAUGAAUAAUUCAUUAUAACUUGAAACUUUGGCCUAGAAAUCCCUAUAUUGGGCCCUUUUCAUUCCUCUUUUAUCCCAUCUUCUCCCUUGAACCCUCAAUUUAAAAGUGUCACAGGUCGAUACGCAGUGUCAUAUGAAUGUCAAUAAGAUGUACGCACUCGUAAGUUAAAUUUUAGUUAAAUUAUACGGCACAACUCACCCCACUAGCCACCAUGACGUCCAAACAAAAAUUACCAUGUUGCUGCAAAGGCAGUGGAAAUACGUACAAAAUUAUAAUGGUAAGACACGGAGAAUCGGAGUGGAAUCAAAAAAAUCUCUUUUGUGGAUGGUACAAUGCUGAUUUAAGUGCAAAAGGAGUUCAAGAAGCGCAAAGUGCUGGCAAAGCUUUAAAGCAGGCUGGUCAUAAGUUCGAUUUAGCUUACACAUCAGUGUUGAUGCGAGCCAAUAAAACUUUGGAUGCUAUUUUAAAGGAACUAGGUCAACAAAAUAUUCCUAUUCAAAAAACUUGGAGAUUAAACGAAAGGCAUUACGGUGGCCUUACUGGAUUGAAUAAAUUAGAUACUGUAGCUAAAUAUGGAGAAGAGCAAGUUGCAAUUUGGAGAAGAAGCUUCAACGUUCCGCCACCAGCAAUAACACCAGAAAACCCUUACUAUGAUCACAUAAUAAACGAUCCAAUUUAUAAUGAUGGUCCUGCAAAAAACGAAUUUCCUAUGUUUGAAUCUUUGGAGUUGACAAUAAAAAGAACUUUGCCUUUUUGGAAUGACGUUAUUGUGCCGCAAAUUAAGACUGGAAAAUUCAUUUUAAUUGCUGCUCACGGUAACAGUUUGAGAGGCUUGGUGAAGCAUUUGGAUAACAUGAGUAAUGAGGAGAUUAUGCAACUCAAUUUGCCCACUGGUAUUCCUUUUAUGUAUACUUUGAACAAAAGUAGUCUGAAGCCAGUUGAAGGAGGCAGUCUUCAAUUUUUAGGCGAUCCGGAAACAGUGAGAAAGGCCAUGGAAGACGUUGCCAAUCAAAUUAAAAAGAAAUGAGACAAUUUUUUAAUUAAUAAAUGGAAUUUUUGAAUCUUAA